CGACCGUAACAUCACUACUCGCAAGGCAUUGUGGGAACGGUCAUGGCGGAUCCCGCUUGAUGAACGUCUCGUCGUGGUUCUGGUUCUGGGUUCUGCUGGUUCUGGUUUAGUGUUCUGGUGUUUCUUGUUGAAACGGUUUCAGUUAGUUUGGUAAACUUAGUUUGUGUGUGUUAACCUGCUGGCAGCAUGGCGUCCACCGCGGCGGGUAAGCAGCGGAUCCCCAAAGUGGCGAAGGUGAAGAAUAAAGCUCCCGCAGAGGUUCAGAUCACUGCUGAGCAGCUGCUGAGGGAAGCCAAAGAGAGGGAGCUCGAACUUCUGCCGCCGCCGCCGAAACAGAAGAUCACCGAUGAGGAGGAGCUCAACGAUUACAAACUCAGGAAGAGAAAGGGGUUUGAAGACAACAUCAGAAAGAAUCGAACUGUCAUCAGUAACUGGAUCAAAUACGCACAAUGGGAGGAAAGCCUGAAGGAGAUCCAGAGGGCUCGUUCCAUUUACGAGCGAGCGCUGGACGUCGACCACCGCAACAUCACUCUGUGGCUGAAGUAUGCCGAGAUGGAGAUGAAGAGCCGGCAGGUGAACCACGCUCGCAACAUCUGGGACAGAGCCAUCACCAUCCUCCCACGAGUCAACCAGUUCUGGUACAAGUACACGUACAUGGAGGAGAUGCUGGGGAACGUGGCCGGCUGCAGGCAGGCGUUUGAGCGCUGGAUGGAGUGGGAGCCUGAUGAGCAGGCAUGGCACUCAUACAUCAACUUUGAGCUGCGCUACAAGGAAGUGGACAAAGGCCGUACCAUUUAUGAGCGAUUCGUCAUCGUUCACCCCGAAGUGAAGAACUGGAUCAAGUACGCUCGUUUUGAGGAAAAGCACGGCUACAUCGCUCACAGCAGGAAGGUGUACGAGAGGUCCGUGGACUUCUUCGGAGAGGAUCAUGUGGACGAACACCUCUUCGUGGCCUUCGCCAAGUUUGAGGAGACGCAGAAAGAGUUUGAACGUGUCCGGGUCAUCUAUAAGUACGCUUUGGACAGAAUCCCUAAACACCAGGCACAGGAGCUCUUCAAGUUCUACACCAUGUUCGAGAAGAAGUUCGGAGACCGGAGGGGAAUCGAGGACGUCAUCGUCAGCAAACGAAGGUUCCAGUACGAGGAGGAAGUCAAGGCGAACCCACACAACUACGACGCGUGGUUUGAUUACCUCCGCCUGGUGGAGAACGACGCCGACCCCGACACGGUGAGAGAGGUUUACGAGAGAGCCAUCGCCAACAUCCCCCCCAUCCAGGAGAAGAGACACUGGAAGAGAUACAUCUACCUGUGGAUCAACUACGCUCUGUACGAAGAGCUGGAGGUCAAGGAUCCUGAGAGAACGAGGCAGGUGUACCAGGCCAGUCUGGACCUCAUCCCACAUAAAAAGUUCACGUUCGCUAAGAUUUGGCUGCUCUACGCUCAGUUUGAGAUCCGGCAGAAGAACCUGCAGGGAGCCAGAAAGGUCAUGGGCACAGCGAUCGGUAAAUGUCCGAAGAACAAGCUGCUGAAGGGCUACAUCGAGCUGGAGCUGCAGCUGCGUGAGUUCGACCGCUGCAGGAAGCUGUACGAGAAAUACCUGGAGUUCAGUCCCGAGAACUGCACCACCUGGAUCAAGUUCUCCGAGCUGGAGACCAUCCUGGGAGACGUGGAGAGAGCCCGCGCCAUCUUCGAACUCGCCAUCGGACAGCCGCGACUGGACAUGCCAGAGGUGCUGUGGAAGUCCUACAUCGACUUUGAGAUCGAGCAGGAGGAAUUUGGAAACACCAGGAACCUUUACAAAAGGCUGCUGCAGCGCACGCAGCACGUCAAGGUUUGGAUCAGCUGUGCCAAGUUCGAGCUGUCCAUCGACGGCCCCGACAGGCUGCAGAAGUGCCGGCAGAUCUUCGAGGAGGCCAACAAGGGCAUGAGGAGCUGCGAGGAGAAGGAGGAGCGGCUGAUGCUGCUGGAGUCCUGGAGGGACUUUGAGAAGGAGUUUGGCUCCGACAGCACCGUGGAGAGAGUGAGGAAGCUGCUGCCGGAGAAGGUGAAGAAGAGGAGAAAGCUGACGGCCGAGGACGGGUCGGACGCAGGUUGGGAAGAGUACUACGACUACAUCUUCCCCGAGGACGCCGCCAACCAACCCAACCUCAAACUGCUCGCCAUGGCGAAGAUGUGGAAGAGGCAGCAGAUCGUGUACGAGGAGGAGGAGGAAGAGGAGGAGGAGGAGGAGGGUGAGGGCGAGGACGAGGAGGAGGGUGAUGGCGAGGACGAAAGUGAGGGCGAGGAUGAGGACGAGAGAGAGAAAAGUCCAGAAAAGUCUCCCGAAGCGGCUGAAGAGAUGGCGACGACGCCGCCGUCACCAUCGCCGACGUCGUCUGACGAGCCGGCAGCUCCUCCUCCUGAGAAGCUGCCGGAAACCGAGUCGGACAGAAACACUGAAGCUGAAACGGAGCGGGAGAAGACGCACGAUGAUCGAGACGACGACGGCAGCAGCAGCAGCAGCAGCAGCGGCAGCAGCAGCAGCAGCAGCGAGAGUGACAGUGAUGAUGAUGAUGGAAAGAAGAAGGAGAAAAAGAGCGGAGAUGAAGAGAAAGAUAAAGAGUAGAUUUCCCCGCUCAGACGUUCAUCCUGGAUUCAUUUUUCUACUUAAACAACGACCAGCUCAGCAGCAGCAGUCUUUAUUGUACGACCAUGUUUUUCUGCUUUAUACAAACAUCAACUCAAA